AUGGAUUGGAACUUCAAACUCAGUUCAGGGUAUCUAUCCGAAUUCGAUCAAGAAUCUGUACCUGAUUUAUCACCAAUCAACGGCUCGAUCUCGUUUGGUGGGUCAUCGUCAUCAUCACCAAGACUGCAACCAAAAGGGGAUUUCUCAUUUGAUCUGAAGCUUGGAAGAAACAUUGGAAACUCUUCCUCCUCUGCUUUUGGUAAUACAGAGCAAGUGAUAAGUCUUAGUAAGUGGAAAGAGACACCAAGAAGCUCUGCUUCGUCUUCAUCGUCAAAGAGAACAAGAGGGAAUGGUAUUGGAAACAACAACAAUAACCAGAUGCCGAUUUGUUUGGUUGAUGGAUGUAAUUCUGAUUUCAGUAACUGUAGAGAGUACCAUAAGAGACAUAAAGUAUGUGACGUCCAUUCAAAGACUCCUGUGGUUACCAUCAAUGGCCAUAAACAGAGGUUUUGUCAACAAUGCAGCAGGUUUCAUUCCUUGGAAGAGUUUGAUGAAGGGAAGAGAAGUUGUAGGAAACGUCUUGAUGGACAUAAUCGAAGAAGACGAAAGCCUCAGCCCGAUCAUAUGGCUCGUCCUGCGAACUUCUUCACCGGUUUUCAAGGUAGCAGAUUGCUGGAGUUUUCCGGCGGUUCACAAGUGUUUCCGGCUACAUCUUUAGCGAAUCCGAGCUGGGGAAACGGUCUUGUAAGCGUUGCUAUGGCCAAUGGUUCGAGCUACGGGCAUAACCAGGGUUUUUCUGGUUCUUCUCCUCCUGCAAAGACAGGACUAGUGUUCCCAAUCUCUUCUUCACCAAACAGCAGAGGGAAACAGUUCCCUUUCUUGCAAGAACAAGAGAGCUCGAGAACAGCAUCGUUGUGUGAGAGAAUGACGACUUGUGUCCAUGACUCUGAUUGUGCUCUCUCUCUUCUGUCAUCCUCUUCCUCUUCAGUUCCUCAUUUGCUUCAUCAUCAGCCGCCACUUUCUUUGCCCCAAGAAGCGGUUGGGACAGUUUUUUAUGGGUCGGGAUUGUUUGAGAAUGCGAGCGCCGUCUCUGAUGGCUCGGUUAUAUCCGGUCAUGAGGCUGUGCCUCUUCCACAAACUUUCCCGUUUCACUGGGAGUAG